GAAUUCUCAGUAGAUGCGGAUGGACGACGUCAUAUAAAAACUACUGAUGUUGCAUGGCAUGAGGGCAAGGAUUUUACAAAAAAACGUAGGGGCGAAGAUGAAGAACAAAGUCUUAUUCGAUGGUUUACUGAUCAUAGUACGGAUGAUAUGGCUUGGGAGUUGGGAAGAUCAAUUAGAGACGACUUAUAUCCUCAGGCUUGGAUUUAUUUUACUUUCGAGGAUGAUGAGGAUGAAAUAGAUGAAGGAGAAAUUGACUUAGAAGAUUAUCAAGAAGAAUCUGACGAAGACGAAGAGUCAGCGCCGCCAUCAAAAAAACGUGUUAAGGCAAAAGCUUUUCAUGAAGCUGCUGAUAUCGGUUCGAUUAUAAUAACUAAAAUGGAUGGUCAUGCAAAGGGUGGCGGGGCUAUAUCAGCUGUCGCAGCAACACAUAGUUUUAUUGGUACCGGUGAACAUAUUCAUGAUCUGGAAAGAUUUGAACCUAG